AGAAAUGAGCAUUCUCUUACUUCACUUUCUUCUUGGGCUUCCUCAGACCUCCUCAGCCCUGGCCUUAUGAGGCAGGGGAUCACAGAGUCUCUGAGAGCCUUUAUCUAGUUCAGUGCAGGGGCCUAGAUUCAAAACCUGUAGCUGGAGGAUCCACAGGACCACACAGGCCUUGUCCAGCUUCCCUCUUGUCCACAGAGGUCUCUGGCCUCCUCAGUAGUUCAUGCAGGACUGGCUGUGGUGACUCCUGAAUCCUCCCCAGGACAGCUCUCCUCUCUUCAGAGCAUCCCUCCCCAUCCCAGCUCAGGAGGAGGACUGACUGAUGGCUGGCAAGGCUGCAUACCUGUUCUCCGCAAUCCUGCUGCUGCUCCUGGCCUCAGGCUCCUGGGCACAGGACCCACAGGUACUUCGAGCACUGGAGGGCCAGACUGUUUCUGUGAAAUGCCGGUAUAAUCUCAGCUACAGCUUCAAUGAGAAGAUCUGGUGUAAGCAAAUAUCAGAAGAUACUUGUCAACCCUUAGUGCCGAGCGUCAGCACAGGUGCCGAGAAGCUAAGAUUCUCCAUCCAGGACUCUUGGUUGAAAUUCUUCACUGUCGUCAUGACUGAGCUCAAGAUGAGCGACUCAGGCGUCUAUUACUGUGGGAUCGCUGAAAAUCGCAGAAAGAUCGCUUUUCUUGGAAGUAUCCAUCUGGUGGUGUCAAAAGGUUCUCAAUACCCACCCAAUGACACAACUACGACCCGAUCUGUACCCAAGUCCCCUGCUGUUGUCUCCUCUCCUGAUCCUGGAGUCACCGACAUAAAUGGGACAGUUCCUGGCAGACCCAGAGCUUUGUGCCCCAGAAUGGAGGAACCAGUGCAGUCCCUGUGGCUCUGUGGCUGCUGUCACCACCUCUACAGAAGUGGAACGACCUUCCCUGACCUCAUUUUCAAGUCAGUGCGAGCACACCGGGAGCCCGCACCGCACAUUCCGGAGAAGGAAGAAGCGCGAGCCACACUCACAAGCCCACACUCUGAGCCGUGGCGCACACCGGAGACUCGGACCGCUGGACCCUGCCCAGGCCUGGAGUUCACUCCAGCUCUAACGUCAUUAUGGACCCUGCAAGGGCUGUGGCCGCUCAAAGAAUAG